UUAUUUUGAAAAUUAUAGAAGAAAAGUGCCGUUUUAAUAAAAAAUACUGGUUUUUGUGCCGUAAAAGAUUGUAAUUCAUCUUCCAGGAAGUUUAAAGGUGCAUAAAACUGUGGUGGAACUCGUUUGGAAAAACAGUACCCAUGAGAGAGAGAGAGAGAACAUUAAAAAGACCCAAGACAAAGAAGCGAAAACAAGAGCGAGCAAGUUAUACCAGGAACCAGCGCGCGGCCAUAUCGUCAAUACGGGUCCGUUUGAUACAGUUCCGCGAACCGAUGGUGUAACAGUUAACCUUGCGACCAUUCGUAGAGGAAUGCAGCAGUCCCUCAAUGUCCUGCUGAAACGAGUUAUUUGAUUGUAUAGAGAGAGAGGGCAAGAGGGGUGCACCCAGACGAUCAUCAUAAUGGCGGGUUGUGUGAGGGUUACUAAUUUUUUUUUUGUGCGCAUCACAAAAAUGCCAAUUGUGGGAAACUAGUCCGGGCAGUUAAAGGCUUUUCCAGGCAUCUAUAACUAAAUUAUCGUUUUUUGCAGGCUUUCAGGGGCGUUUACAGAAAUCUCCUGGAUCUUCAAAAUGCUGAAAGUAGUCUAGGAAACACCGCAUCAAUUUCAAGUGCAAAAUUACUUUGGCUUGUGCCUGUUGCGUCUAUUCGUCUACGCAUAAGAAGAACCAUUCGGAGACCCACUUAUUUAAAAACUACUUUACCUACCCACCACAAGGCGGUAAAGUUCAAAAAAAUUAAAACUAGAAUAGUGUCAUAAUUGUUUUAGGGUUUUUGCCAUGUAACAGCACACGGAUCUCGGACGACAAUAAAUAUAAAACCGUAAGAGUUCUUAGAUGAACUGAGGAACAUUAACCACCACGUUAAUAAUCAUCGGUGAUUAAUGUAACGAUGGGUACCCCACAGGCUUUGCAACAAAAAUGUUCGGUACCGGAAUGUUAUUCGUACGGGUCGGAUCCGGAAGUUUUCCUGUACCAGUUCCCCAAGGAUAAAACGCUGCAAAAUUUAUGGAAGGCGGCCACGAAAAUACAAAACAAAAAAAUUUACAGGGGGAAAACAGUCGUUUGUAAUAAACAUUUCGCAGAGUCUGACUUUGUUUCUUGUUUGGGUCUAGUGACUCGUGCAAAAGAGACACACCUAAGACUGAAAAGAAAUGUUGUUCCUUCACGUAAUCUACCUGAGGAAUUAGCACCUAAAAUGAUUGAUGAACCAUCGAAAAUGGCUCAAUCAACUGAUGAGUCUUCCAGAAUACCGGUGAAUUUUAUUAGAGCGGAUGAUAAGGACUCUUCUGUUGUACCCAUGUGUGUGGAUCAGGUACCUAUUGAAGCGCAAGAUGAACACAUAAGUAACAAUGAAAUUUCAGCUGGUGAUUCACUUUUAGACCAAAAAAUGCCCUUAAGUGAUAAUCAAGAGAUACCACCAGAUCCUUGUCCACUUAUAGAAGAAACUCCACCGAUUGAACCAGAAAAGUCCCGUCCUGAUACUGAACCACCUAUUAACACAGAUCCUAGUCAAUCUAUAGAAGCUGAUGUUGUACAGGAAGAAAAUGAACCUAUUCUUUUGAAUGAUAAAAGUGAACUUCCCGAGCAGGAUUCCACCUCGUUCGAACCUCAAACCAUAAUAGCUCAUGAACCUUCGCCAAUUAAAGUACCUGAACCUGCUGUAUCUUUAACAUGUGAAUCAAUGAACGAACUAAAGCAAAAGUCACCCGGAGUUGAGGAGCUUUGUGAGCCUUUGCUUCAAGAUUCACUAGAAAUUGAUCCUCCUGAACCUUCAGAUCAAAAUGGACCAUCUAUUCAGCCUUCGGUUGAUGACCCACCACAAAUUGAAGUAUCUGAUCAAAACGGACCUUCUAUAAAUGGCCCUUCCGAACCUUCGGUUAAUGACCCAGAGCUAGAAGUUGAUGCUCUAAAUCAAAGUGGACCUCCCGUUUCUGUGCCUUCGGUUGGUACUUCACCACAAGUUCAACCUUCUAGAGUUGAAAAUCAUAACGAAACGUUAAUGAACGGUCUUGCUGAGCCUAAGGUUCUGGAUACACCACAAAUUGAUCCUAAUGAAUUUUCUGAUCAAAACGAAUCAUCAAUGAACGGUCUUCAUGAGCCUAUGGAUACAACACAAACUGACCCUAGUGAAUCUUCUGAUCAAAACGAAUUAUCUACGGCCAGUGUUUCUGAACCUUCGGUACAUAACUUACCAAAAAUUGAUCCCGAAGACCAAAACGAACCAUCCAGGACUUCUGAACCUUUGGUUGAUGACCCACCACAAAUUGAACCUCCUGGGCCUGUAGGUUAUGAUGAGUCGCCAAUGGGCGGGUGUCCGGACCCUUUUGUCGACGAUCCAUCACAAACGAAUUCUUCUAGUCCUGUAGGCCAAAAGAGAACUGCAUCAAGCAGACUAUCGGAGUGUCUGCUCGAAGACGAAACCCCGUGUGCCCCAACUUCACCGAAAAAGAAACUAGUGGUCGACCAAAGGACCCAAACCGGCCCGUUCCAAGGACCGAUCCCGAUAAACUUCCUGGACAAUUUGGUCGCUUACGACUAUCAGCUCGCCUGUUUCACCGGCAUUAGUAGACAAACUUUGGAAAUCUUCAGCAAGGCGUUGUGCGAUUACACGAAAUUCGAACCGUCACCGGACAUCACCAGGCGCAUAAUCGCCACAAUGAUGAAACUUAAGACGAACCUCUCGUUUCAGUGCCUAAGCGUGUUGUUCCACCAAGACUUGCCCACGUGUAAAAUAACGUUUGCCGAAACGAUCAGUGUGCUGGCGGCAUCUUUGAGGGACUGCGUAGAGUGGCCCCACAAAAAGGAGAUUUUCGGUACCGCCCCGAAUUGUUUCAAACGGAAAAUUUCCGUGAGCGUGAUGCUCGAAUGCAUCGAAUUGUUCGUCGAAAGGCCCCGAAUCGCCAGUAAAGUGAAAACUUACUCUAACCGACAUAACCGCGACGGUUCCAUUAAGAUCAUCGUGGGAUUCACCACGGAGGGCGAAGUGUGCUACGUAAGUCCCGUCUACUGCGGCAUGACCAAGGAAGAGAUGAUUUUUAUAAAGGAGAACUUGCUGGCGAGGUUCGACCCUUGCGACGCCUUAAUGGUUGACAAGGGUUUUUUCCUGGAAGAGCACUGUCAUAGGAAAAAGAUUUCGUUGCUCAGGGCCCCCGUUCUCCAGGCGAAAAUGAACGGGAUCGAGAGGGAGCUGGUGGGCGAGUACGAGAGCACCAGGGGCCACGUGGUAAAAACUCUGGAGCAGAUGCGGCUGUUCAACGUGUUUUCUUGCAGGCUCAAUAAGGAAUUGGUCGGGUGUAUGAGUCAUGCCGCGCUCGUUAUCGGGGUGGCCGUUAAUAUGGAAAUGAAACAGAAAAGGAUGUUUUAGUGUUUUUCUCGGUUGAUUUAUAAUUAGGUUAAGUUUUGUUACUUGUAUAAAUAAAGUGGAUAUUACGACAA